UAUAUCCCAUUCGCGUUGGUCUUCAAGGGCCCACCAGGGACUGUAAAAACUACUACAGCUCGCAUUCUUGGUGAUAUAUUCUACGAAAUGGGAUUCCUCUCCGCCUCCGAAGUCAUUGAUUGCUCUGCGACAGAUUUGAUAGGCGAGUAUGUAGGGCAAACAGGACACGAGAUCAACCUUCUGGAGCGGGCUUUAGGCAAGGUACUAUUUAUCGACGAAGCUUAUCGGCUAGCGGGAAAGUCCAUUGGCAACUGCUCGAGCUUUGCUAAUGAAGCUGUUGGAGAAUUGGUCGACUGUAUGACAAAGCCACGCUACUCUCGCAAGCUCGUGAUUGUCCUAGCUGGCUACUCGGAUGAUAUGGAUAGGAUACUUCAUAUUAAUACGGGUUUACGGUCUCGGUUGCCCACCGAUAUUGUCUUUCCCUCGAUGAGCCCAGCUCACUGUCUCGAAUAUCUUGAAGUGCAGCUAGGGAAGCUCCAGAUAAGAGUGGAUCGAAGCCCUACCAUUAGUGAAUGGGAAUAUUCAACCGUUCGGGACCUGUUUGCCCAGUUGCAAAAGACAAGGUCUUGGGCAAAUGCCCGGGAUGUUGAAACACUGGCCCGCAAUAUCGUUUUCGAGGUGUACAAGAGUCAACGGGGCACCAGUGAUUCCGACCUCAGCGUUUCUAUGGACGACAUUAUGAACUGUCUAGAUGACAUGCUAGGCCAGCGCGACCAGUCUUCUGAAUAA